AUGAUUAAUCAUGAAAAAAAAGGCUAUACAUACCAGCAAGCAAUUGGACUCCGGGUACCUCUGACUCCCCCGCUAGGAAAAAAACAUCAUGCCCGCCAAAGUAACAUAAUUGAGAAUAAACAUGAAAGCAUGAAAAUUCCAUUAGCUGCCAUCAACAUGAGCUUUGAUAACGUAGAGGACGCUAAUGGGUUUGCAAAAUCAGUGUACGAAAGCAAGGAUCCAUACAAAAUAUUUUUACUUCGUCCAUCUUUUAUCAACCCACGCAAGAUAGAUAAGAUGCCGGCCGACCCCAGUGAAAAGUGCAUGAUCAUGUAG